CUAACGGUGAUCUGCGAACUUUGUUUUUGUCGCGAAGUGUCUGUGCUAAACUAGAAUUUUGACGCAUUAGAGAAACGUUAAAGCUGAAGAAAGCGAUGGAAAGCUCUUGCAGCUCGACUUCAAACGAAGGUAUGUCAAUUUUUUUUGCCAGCAUUUUUGUUAAUGCCGUUUUUUAUUUUGUCGUGGGGCACAGUUCAUAUUUUAGUGAAUUAGUCAUAUGACUACUUCUGUGUCGAUAACAACGAUGUAACAUCCUCUCAGGUUUUAUAAUUUGCCGUUCUCUAGGUGAUCGAUUCCCUGGGUAAACUGAAAUUUUUUUACUUCUCUUAAGGUUAUGCAGCUAUACAUAGCAGUUUUAUUGACUCUUCUUCUUUGGUGCAUGUGUGUUUACAAUAUUAGCAAUGUUUAGCUCACUUAUGAAACAUUGUGUAUUUAGGGUGCGAUCAUAGCUUGCCGUUUUAAUGUUAAAGUAUCAGCUAACAACAUCAAAUAAGUCAUGUUUUCUAGUUUUAAUGCUCGAUAGGCAGCAUUUCUGAAAAAAAAAAAACUUUGAGAAGUGCUCGAUAGGCAGCAGCAUGCGCAUCAUUUUUCAGAGAACCUGAGCCAACAUCUGGCCAACAUCUGAUAAUAUUAUUCACUGUUUCACGGUUGGAGUGUUUGUUACGCUUUUCUUUUGUAUCGAUUAACCACCUGGAUUACUUGUUUUUUUAAACAAGUCUCUGUCAACUAUUAACACAGAAGAACAGAAGGAUGAGGUGGGUGAAAGGAAAACGACUACGGACUCGUGAUUCUGGUCAUAAACCCAAAAACGCUCAAGACUUAAUUGUGAGGAGGGAGGGGUGGGGGUUUACAAGAGAGGGGUUUAUCCUAAGAAGCGAGUUACAGGUAUUUUUUAAACGUUGUUGGCCAGUUUUUAUGCGUUCUGUAAACAGUGUGCAUUUCUUUGGUUGAAAUGCCAGCAAUUUUAUAAUCAGAAAGAAACUACAUGUAGUCGAAAGAUUCAUGUACUUGUACAUGUUGCAAAUGGUUUUAUGGACAAGAUUUGGUACCCAGACUCUGCUUGGAAGCUGGGGGUUAUUGCAGCAACUCUGACAACAAUGGUUGCUUUUUUAUACUAAAGAACAAUAGCUGCUGUGAGGGAGACUAAGUCUUACACUUUGCCAAAUAACUUUGCCUAUUUUUCAACAAUUAAUUUGUUGUUUUGUCUAUCAGGUAAUGAUCCUGGUUUAAGGAAAUGCAGUGACUGUAAAAAGUCUUACAAAUCCUGUGAAUGCAAGGUAACCAUCAGUGACAAUUGUAAAAAUUCAUUUAAACUUAAUUAAUUGUCUUAGUUGCAGAUUAUGAUGGUAUUGAUAAUUUGUUGUAUUUACAUAUUAUUUAAGAGCACUGCUGAUAGAAUAUUUGGGGUGCAGUUUCCUAUGCUGUAUGUGUUUUUUUUUGUUUGCCAAGUUUUCUUUUUAAUGAAUAAUUUAAAGGCCAUCUGUUGACCCUUUAACUCCCAGAAGUGAUUAACAUGAAACUUCUCCCUAUAACAUCCUUACCUUAUUCAGCAAACAGGUUAUGAGAAUAUUCAAACUUAUCAGGUAUAAAAUGCUAUCUUGAUCUAGCACCAAGUUCUCAUAACUAAUUUACAGGGAAAUGUGCAGCAGCUACAGGGGAGAAUUAACAAUUAGAUCUUAGGAGUUAAAGGGUAAAGAACACAUUCAACAACCUUGAAUUGCCAGAUUGUUCCUGAUAUGGAGAUUAUUGUGGUCAUUAUUAGAAAGGAAUAUAUGGACUGAAUGUGUAUGAGAGAUUACAUUGUGUUUUUUCUGCCAAUUUUGCUUGCCUUUACAAAUUCAUUAAAUAAUUAUUCCAUAAACCACACCAAUGCCCACAAGGACAGCACCAAAUAACUUCUCAACGUACAUUUUGUGAUGAUUUAUGGGAAGUCUUCUCAGUGAUUUACAUCCUUCUUCUGGAUCCUAUCCUCAAUGCAAACUCUGUUUUAUAUUUCUGGUAAAGUAGGUGCAGAUAUUUUCAGUAACUUUUGGUAAAUUAAAUUGACUUCAUUUAUAUUUGCCUGUAUGCAGUAACUAAAUCUAGGCACAGUCCUGCUUUGGGUUUCAAAUUUGUCUUGUAUGAAAAUUUCAUACACAUAUGAAAUUUUGCCAUGUGAAACACACAACGCAAGCAGUUUUAGAAAGCAUGAAUUUAAUAUCAUAUUGAUUCCUUCCUGAGGGUGUCUUCACAUGCUUUUCAACUAGUUCUUGAAUUUGGGAUAUGAAAAGCUUGGACUUGUGCUUUCCCUUUAGAGUCUAAAUGGUGAUUUGUGACUAAUAACAUAAACGACCUGACCAUUAUCCCCCCCUUCCAAUUUUUAACCUCAGGCCAGUCCUAUGCAGUUUGAAAACAACAUUGUCUGUGUUUCGAUGUUUUGAAAGUAUUUUUUUUUUUCACACAGAAUUGCUCAAAGUGUGGAUCAGUUUUUCACAAGUAUUGGGGAACUAACCUAGUGAAGGGAAGGUUAGUACUUUUUCAGAAUGCUUACAAACUUGCAAUUGCUCCCUAUGGAGAACUCCUACCAACACCUACAGUUUUAUAGAGAUUCUUUAUUACAAGUACAUUUUACAUUUUGUUAUACUUAGCAGUUUUAUUGAAAAAUAAAUGAUAUAUUUAUGCUCUAUCAAAUGACAGGGUUUUUUAUUCUCUUCUCUGAAUUGAAAGGUCCCAUUGCCGCACAUGUUGUGCAGCAGUAUGUGUUACUUGUCAUGUGGUAGCCAACAAUGGUAUAAAGGUAACUUUAGUUAAAAAUUAUUCCUUGGUUUAUUUUAUAGAAUUGUUUUCACACUAGUUUACAAUCUGCUGCCUGAACAGGAAAAAGAAAUUAGUUCCCUGCAGAAAUUUCUGAUUAGUUAUUGGAAUAAAAAAAUCCACCUUAAAAAGAAAUCACUCAAUUUAGAUGCACAAAAUGAAUUUUUAAUGCACAGUUGGCAUGCUACAUGGUACUUAAUUACUUAAAUCAUAGACCAAUUAUUGCUUAUGGUAUGCAAAAUUGAUAGUUUCAAAAGGGUGCAUUUUUUGGCAGUUACUUGAAUCACCAAGCAGAUAAUUACACAUUGCAUGGUCUUACUGAGGUUUCAUGGACUUGUUGUAGGUGUGUACAAGAUGUCUUAUCAAACAAAAAGAGGAUGAGAUGAAUACACAGAAAGCACUCUCAGCUAUUGAGGAAGCCAGAACAGGGAGAGGUGUGGUUAAAGAUUAUCAUUUACUUAUACAGUGUAGAUUUCUUUAAACUGUACUUGUCUUAAUGAUGCACAUUUUUGAAUUGCAAUUGAUACCCCAAAGUUUCUGGAGAGUUUGCUGUAAAAUCAAUGCAUAGGCACUUUUUGUAGCCACUUGCCUUGAUCUUGAUCUUGCAUCUUUCCAUUGUCUGAGUGUGUGAGUCUCAUUCAAUGGUGUAUUAGUAGUUCCCAUAGAUAACAUUGCUGAUAAAUAAAAUUAAUCUUAAUAACAUGAUUUAUUUUUCCAUAUGAUAGUUGACUCAGUGUCUUCAGUGAGAUCAGACUCAUUUGUGGUUGUGUCAUCGUUGUCUCGUCUGUCUCCUGAGAAGAAGAAAGAGGCUCUUUUUGAGGCUGCCAAGACAGGUACAGUAAAGAAUGAGUCUUUUUAACAAAACCAGUUUUUAGCCCAGUGCACUGAUAAAAAUUAUGCUAUUCCAUAUAUAUUGCACAAAUGUGUUGCCAUAAGAUUGCAGUUAGUGGAGGUUGAAUGAAAGGAAGAGAUCUUCUGUUUAACAAAACAGAAUUCUGUUAGAACAACACGGUCGGUAAAAUUCUUCAUUUCCAAACUUUGUGUCACCUACCUCUCUUAAAGACCUACUCAGAUUAUUAAUCUUAUCUCAAACUAACAAUCUUAACAAUGCUCAAGAAUUUUCAUAAAAUGAUUCAGAGCUGAAAUCCAGAUCACAUGUUUAUUUUGAUGUAUUUAUUUAUAUAUUUUUUUGUUGUAUUAAAUAUUUAAUGUGAUAAUACGCAUAAUGUUUUGUUUAACUAGGAGACCACUACUCCAUGGUGACUCUUCUGAAUGACAAUGUGGAUGUGAAUAUAAGAGGUAUUACUUCUAUUUUAAUUUCAUUUAUUUGUUUAACGGGGGUAAUUGUACAUUUAUUAUAUAUUGAAUACAGUAGGAGCAUAAUUAUAUUUGAUUGGUAAAUUGAUUGCAGUCUCACUUUUCACUGUUCACUUGUAGAUGUGGACAAAAAUACCCCACUAUUUUUUGCAGCUGAAGGUGGACAUCUUCCUUGUGUGGCUCUGUUAAUGGUAAAUAUUAAUGUCAACUGCUUAACAGUGUAUGAUACCUGAUAGAUAUGUUGCCAUUGAAAUUUAUGUUCAAAUAAGUAACUUUGUGCACUGGGUUGAUUCUCAAUUACCCCUUUGUUAUAUGACCCAUAUUAAUUUGACAAUCAUCUUAAAUAGGAAAUUUUAACCAUCAAAGACUUUGCAUGUAACAAUUACUGAAUAAAAUUAAGCUUGGUAGUAAGAACUAUUAAGGCAAAGGUUCACAUUGAGUACUAAAGCUAAUGGAUGCCCAAAUUGCAAGACCCUGAAUUUUUCUGGAUUAGUUAACCCUCAAAAGACUACCCCCUUCCCGCUUCAGUGAGAUAAAAAGGUUAGCCACCCCUCCCCCCAAAUUACAACAGGACAACAGCUACAUGUGUAUUUAUGCUCCCUCUUGGAUUGUUGUGUUUUAAUUUCUUUGAUGUCCUUCCUCACUCUUUGUAUUUUGCAUCAUAUCUUUAUAGGAAAGGAAUGCAGAUGUGAAAGCCACAAACAGUGUAAGUUCACAAUUUUCCUGUUAUCUUGAUCAAGAUGAUUAUUGAUUUUUGGCAUUAAGAUUAUUUAUUGUUAUAGAAGAUAUGACCACAUUAUAAUCAAGUGAAAGAUUUUGGUGAUAGUCUGCAGCAUAAUCCAUUGAUUGUCAUAUUUAGUUAUUUAUUGAUACAUGUACAGUUUUUUCUAUUACCGGUAAUUAAAAAGUAGAUUUAAUAUUGAUUUAAAAUAACUGUUUGUUUCUACAUCUCUUUCCAGAAAUCAUGGACCCCUCUUCAUGCUUUAGCAUGGUAGGUGACUUUGGCUCAGACAAUUUUUUUUCUGCAGAGAGAGUUAAAAAAUAGGAGGCAUGGAAAUACUUGUUAUCACUGAUUUCUGAUGAUAUGGAAAAUUUUUCAAUCUGGUUGGCUUUAAGUAUUUUGACUAAAGGAAUACAUGUAGCAGGCCUGAAAAGUAAGAAAUACUUAAUAGUGUGAGGGAAAGUAUGGUACACUGCAGAAUUGUUGUCAAUAAAACUUUUGUUUUACGUUUUUGGUUGGUUUUAUUCCUCAUCUAGGAAAGGUUCAAGUGAUGGCCAUGUUGAGUGUGGUGAGCUUCUUAUUCAGGUACUGCCAAUUUUAAUUUGUCAGUCUGUAACAGUAAAUGAAGGAACAAGUUUGUCUUUCUGUCUGUCUUUCAUCCAGUCAGUCAGUUAGUCUGUCAAUCAUUGACAAAUUGACAAUAAAUAUUCGAAGUCAAUGUUUAACAAGUUGAAUUUUAUCUACCUGUAGAUGGGUGCUGUCAUAUUUGCCUUGACAGAUACAGUGGAGACAGCUGCAGACCUUGCAGCUCGCUCAGGGGGCAAACAGGAGUUAGUGCAGCUGUUAAGAGCUGUAGAAGGUAAGGGACAGUCUGCAGUCAGGUAUUACAUACUGUAGAUGGGUACAGAUACUACGUCUACAGGUGCAUAAGGAUGAGCAAUUUACCGUUCAACUGGUUAUCACUCGAUUGAGCAAACGAAAAAUCACUUCCCCACCCUUACUCCUCUCCUUAUUUUUGACCGUCGCUCACCCCCUUGAAAAUGCAUAGUAUUUUUACCCUUCUAGUGGAUGUCUUAGAGUCAGAACAGCUGCCCGUUUAGAUCGUAUGCAAACCUUUUUUUGUUUUCUCAAGUUACAUUAUGUUAUUUCAGUGGAUGUUGCGGUACAGAAAUUACAAGAAAAGUUGCAAACUCCAUCAGGUACGUUCUCUCAAAUGUAAUUAUUACAAAGUAGUACAGAAACCGAGAUAGGCUCUGUCAAGUACAUAAUUGUGAGUCAGUUUGCCUUUCCUGUUACAUGAAUACCUUUUACUAACUGAGUUCGAGAUCCGUACUGUAAGUUGCAGAUCUUUUUUUUUCCGCUCCGAUUAAUAGCUUCGCGCGGGCCAUGAAUCCGAAUAGGAAAAACGAGGUUCUAUAACUUACCGUACGGACCGAGAAAAGGAGGCCAGUAAGUGUACCAACCGAGAGAUUUAAUGAAAUCAAAGAGACAUGUGGGAGCAGGGUUGCAACACAUUGAUAAAACAGACGGCAAUACCAUUCGGCAAUUUAGGCCGCUUGAAUCGUGUUCUUGCCUUUACAUGCUUUCUCAUUGGAAUACCUGUAAGUUUGACAACGUCCACAUGUAGUGAAUUUUUUCUUAUUCUCUUUUCGGGCCUUUGUGCAGGUUUUUCAACCAAGGAUCAAAUGUUGAAGAUUUACGUUGCAACCGUUUUGAGACACAUUACAGAAAUCAUACCUCUGGACCGUACAAAAAAAGAAUCGAAAGGUCAGUUCCGGGUGUAGACAAAUUAUUAUUAGCCAAACUCGAGAUCUCUAUGGGCGAUCCCUUGGUUACAUUUUCUACCUCUCUCGCAUCGAAAUAUAAUAGCGACUCUGUCUGGAAUUACCUGUUUCCAAAAGCUUGUUGUUUGACUUAUUAGAUACUUUUUCACCUCCCCCCCUUCCCCCCCUCCCCCGCCCACCCCUUUCCAUUUGGCGGUAUUUAUUUCAGGUCAUCAUAUUCUUCAUAUUAUCAAAAUGUGUUUGUUAUCGUGGUUAUAAAGCUAAAUGAACAUGUUGAUGGUUUGAUUCACAGGUAAUGACGCGAAAAGUUCACGAUUUCUAAAGACGCCCGAACUCAUGAGAAGGGAAGACUUCACAAAAUCCCUGGACAGGGUGAGUCACAACAUUUGAGUCGCGAUUUUGUUUUACCACUUUUCUCUUACUUUGUUUAGUUUUUUAAAUUUUUGCAGAUUAGUUGAGGCUAAGCUAUAUUUUUGUCAAUUUCCCAUUCAAUAGGGGCUUCGUAAACACAAUUCUUGUGAAGAAUUGCGUCCUGAGACCAACGGUAAGUUACUAAAUUCACACUGAUAGCUAUACUUGCAGAAAUACUGGAAAAACAUUUGUAAGACAAAAAGUUGCCGGCGAUAGGUUUUUCCGGAAUACCGAGAUGACCACAAGAGAAGUAAAUGAGAAAUUAGACCGCCACUUUGUUCGCUGAUUUUUAGUUCAACCCUUCUUAAUUAAAUGUGCUCUUGCUUUUUUUAUUGUCCAGGGACUUGGAGUUUUGGUACCAGUUCUCCGUCGUAUAACAUUCCAAGAGCUGACGUUGAGCCAAUCAUUAGAUCGGAUUUGUUGCCUUCUGUGACGGCCAACCCUUCAAAGCUUGAGGUUAGAAUGCAACUCAAAGAGAAGAUAUAGAGGUCGAUUAAAGUUGAUAAAAUAUGAUGAAUAGGUGUUUCAAGUGUUAUACUUUUUACCCCUCAGCAAGACUUGUAGCUUCAGUCGGUGAAGUUUUGCACAAUAUGUUUAUAAAGGGCUGUAUCCUCUUAGCAAUUCACCUUUGAUUUAAGCCUUGAGAGCGCACCUUGUAAACGCUCUUUGCUGUUUUCGUUUCUUUAUAGGAAAGGUUGAUGAAAUGUCAGGCUGAGAGGGACGACGCAGAACAGCGCUGUAAGAGGCUGAUGCAGUCAAUAGCAAGUGCUGCUGAGGUAUGAAGCUCAAAUAUGAAGUGUCAGGUAUUUAUCCAGCAAUAAAUAUUGAAAUAGUUACGUAAUGUAGUGGGCUUCAAGCUUGCGAAAAGUGAAGGUGUUUAAAUGCUUGGGAAAGCACUUGAUCGUUGUUAAAUAGGGAAUGUAGGCAGUCCUUUUUAAGCGCGGGAAAAUACUCCAAAACGGAGUUAAAAUUAUAUCGUCUCUUUAUCUACUGUUGGGUAGUUAGGAGGCUUGCGCGUUCUGAUUGGUUAAAGCAGGUUGCAGCCGUUGCCGAUAAGUAGGUUUCUUCCGAUAAAUUAAAGAUUAGCUUUCUUAACCUAAUUGAGCAUGAGUUAAUCAACAAAGGCAACGAAUUAACAUGAACAUCUGGAACGCCUGGAACAGGCUAGCCUUUUUGCCUACCAAUAAUUGUUAUUAACAUGACAUGUUUCAGGCCCACGAAAAAGAGGUCACAAGGUUACAGCAAGAGAUAGAUAUUGCACGAGAACAAAAGGAGAUCGCCUUAAAACGGGUCAGGAACUCUCACGUUACACAACUGGCAAUAAACUGUUCGUAUGUCAGCAAAUGAUGUGACGGAAUUUGCUUUGUUUACCUUUUCCAUCUAAAUGAUAACCCUCCUUUUCUCUGAUCCUUCUCUUCUUGCUCUCAAUCUACCAUUGUUUUCUUUCGACUGACGACCAUUUUCAAGACCUCAACAACAAAUCACAUCACCCUUACUUAUAUCCAUUAGGCCUUGACUGGAACUUAACUUUUACUUGGAGCCUUUUAUUUCAACAGUGCGAAGCUACAUAUGUCAACAAAAUGGCUAAAAUCCGACAAGAAACGGAAUCGGCUCUUCAAGAGGUUAGUUGCUGCGCACGAAAUCUUAACCUGUAUCACGCACUAGGUACUUUUUUGACACAGUGCUUAUUCUGAAACGCUGCAUGUGUUAAGUGGAACACCUGCUAAUUGUUUCCUGUCGUUUGGCGAGUAGCCCUCAGUAUAUCUUUGUUCGUCGAAGCUUUGUCGUGUGGUAAAAUCUACACUAGGUGUAUAAGUGACGCAUUUUUAUUAUGAAUUUCUCAAUAUCAAACGAUUAUGCAAAAACUCAUUAGGCCCCCAAAUUAGCGGUGUCCAACCUGACUCUUUUAAAUUGAUUGAUUUAUUAAAUUAAUUGAUUUAUCUUUGUAUAUUCAAGGCCAGCGCGCGGCUUAAACAAGCGGAGAAGGACCGGGCCGAGGUACUUCACAUGCAAAACAAUUUCAGGCUAACGUGGGUCCCGGAUGAGGUGAGGAUGGGAUUUUUAAAACCAAUAAAAGUUCUUCUGUGAUUGAGAUUCACCUUGAAAAGCUUUUUCUUUUCUUCUUUUUUUUCCUGCAGCUUGUUAAUUACUGUUCAAACAGCAAGUGUCGAGCCCCCUUCACACAGGUGAGUUAAAUGUGAUACAUCUGUACCUCUAUUUGAUUUUAGCAGCUCAUUCUCGUUCCCAGAUUACCUGGUGAUCAGAAGAACCAAGGUCCCGGGGACGAGAAUUGUAGCAGCUCAGUUUCGUGCGCAUGCGUAAAAUAGUUACCUUUGGUACCGUCAUCCUUUGUAUACACUCGUGAUCAAAUACAAAGAUUAAAGAUUUGGAGCAUAUUUCUUCAGCCUGGAACAAAGUUUGCGUCUUUUGACUUGGGGAUGUCCGUAAAGAGAAGUGUCUUUUUUUUUUUUGAGCUGAAAGUACUUGUAACGUUUUUCUUAAGGAUCGUUAUUAAAAUUAAAAAAAUGUAUAUUAUAAUUCAAAGAAUUUAGCUAUAACAAUCAAGCGCAAGCAUUACAAUAUCAAUGUUUAUUAUUAUUUUCUCAAUAUAACUUAAUUUGUAAUUUAGGUUGGAGAGGGAAGCCAAUAGAUAGAGUGGACUCUCAAAAUAAAAUGAAUGAAGUAAAUUAGCCUGAAUGUACAUGUAACUUUGGUCCUAUUCCCAUAGACAAGGAGACGUCAUCAUUGUCGAUGCUGUGGUCGAGUAUUCUGUCACAACUGCACAGAUCAAUCAACACCGUGAGUUUAAUAUUGCUCUCAUCUACUUUAACAAGAAAAUCGCAUACAGUAACACUGCCUGCUUCCUUUCCCCUCCCCACCGGACCUUUACGGAUUUCUUAGCUGUACCUCGUCUUCUAACAUUUUUCCUGGUUUGUAUGAAACAAAGAAACAAACUAACUACAGUAACAAAAAACGAAAAAAAAAACGGCCCACACUAUGAAGGCUUAGUUCGAGACAGUAGUUGUGUCAGCUCAGUUAGCUAAUCAAAUAGCAAGAUUAUGUUACGAUAGCGUAUACGUACGCUUUGUUCUUGUUGGCAAUCAUGGACCUGUUUGAUUUUCAAGUUUUUUUUUUCUCUGUUAUUUUUCAGAAUUCCAGCCUUUGGAUACGUACAACUUGUCCGAGUGUGUAAUCCUUGCUUUGCUUUGAUAGACGAUAUGUUCUGUGAGGAACCCGUUGUUUUAACUGACACAUGACAGAUGUUGCUGGCGGAAAAGUGGUGUCCUGUCUGGCUAUUACCAUGAAGUUCGCUUCAAAGACUUCCCACCGUGACAGAAGUGAUUAACACUGUCACGGCCUCUUACCGCGACCAUACGAAACGUUGCCCAGUUGUGCGACCUUACCGAGUGAAACAUUAACCCUCUACACCCUGACAUCAACAUGGAUAUUCUCCAUGUUGUUCUCCAUACAUUUCCUAAGGUGCUAACAAGGAGAAUCUGGUUAACAAUCAAGAGUUUCUUUAGUUCGGGAUCAUUUCCUUAUUCUCCCUACCUUAUUGUUUGAUUCAGGGGUGAUAUGGUAUGGGGAAAUUAAAUACUAAUCACUCUUAGGAGCUUAAGGGUUAACAGCGUCUGAUUCUUAUGUUACCCAGUACAGACCCUCAAAAGAUAUUUGCGUUGUAUUAUAUAUCAGAGUUCUUACUUUGCAAUAAGAAUGGGUUGAACCAAAGAACAGAUUUAAUAUAUGUUACUUUAAGAUGGAGCUAUUAUCAAAUUCGCAGAUUCAAUUGUAAAUAGGGUUCGAGAUACACAAGCGUGCACCUCCCGAGGAAACUAUGACAAAAUGCGUGGAUUGGGU